AUGAGGCGAGUAUCUGCCUCUUCAUGCGUGCAAGGCACAAGUAAUCUCAUCUCCGUUUUUUCUCCGUUUUUUCAGUACUUGAUAGGAUACCAUCGCCAUAGGUAGAGUAGAUUCUCUUACCCUCGGGGUAAAAGUAUUUCCUGCUCGUGCGCAUCUUGCGCACUGGCAGGAAAAUACUAAUGUCAAAGGCGAAGGAGGCGCAGUUGGUCUCACGGAGAAUCCAUCAGCUUUGAGAAGAUGGAUGGUGAGUGGUCCUGAACUCUCCAGGAUGAUUCAAUAGUUCGAAGGUAGCAACAAUCAAACAGAGGAAAAUGACCAUCAUGAGCAGAAGUCAGGUAUCCAGAAAGCAUUCUGCAAAGACGUACUGAAUAUACUAUCUUCAUUCAAGAACUUGGCAACCCGUUCCUAG